CCCCCUAGACUACACGAAGGCUGUUAUGGGCCUAUAUUUGCUUACCUAUACUGCUAAUCCCGCUUAAUUUGAGUGACUGCAAACGAUAAAGAUGCUAUGAAGGACUUCUAGGGGAUGUUUUAGACGGUACGUACUAAUCCUUAAAAUGUAUUCUGUACUCCGUGGGGUCCUCAGUCUUGGAUGUGCUUCUUAAACCUUUAGCUUUUUAAGCAACUUUGAAAGGUAGUACCUUCUGUAGCCUGUGCGAGGUGUAGUUGCAUGAGUGACGAGUCACCACUAUUUCGUUGCGAACUAUGUCGAUACAUUUUUUUCUUUAUAAGUGAAUUUCGAUGCAAUCUUAAGACUAUGUGAAAUAUAACUAUCUGGCUUCGAGAGGAAACCCAUUGGGUUCGGAUGACAACAUUGACAACCAUUUAAAGACCUUAUCGCGGAGUAUUUGUGAAGGACAGUGUGAUAUUUCAUCAUUUUAAAACUGGUAACUGCAAGCAAUUUGCCUGCUGAGUAAUACUGGAGACCACUCCGAAGUUGCGCAAACAAGGUUGUUGAUGGAAUUUCGGGAUUUAAUAGGUCAGUGCUUUGGAGGUACGCCGCUGUUUGGCUGGCUUUCACGAAAACAACUGAUCAGCGUUAACUAGCGAUAUUGAGUUAGCUAGGUAGGUGACGAACUAGCUACUACAACGACAAGUUUAACUACAUAGCUAAAUAGCCACCUUUCAUGUGUGAUCAUUACCGCUUCAUGGUCCUUUCUCAAACAAAAUAUCGUUGAAUGAUAAAAUGUUUUUCUAAGGUGGCAAUGUCUCGCAGACAUGUAGUUUGCUAGCUUCGCAUAAGUCAUAGUGAACUUGACGUGAAACGCUAACUGGCUUGCAAGCUACAUAAACUUGCCUAGUGAUAGCUGGCUGAAGUUAAUCAAACACGGGCAAAACAGAAAUCUUAACUUAGUCCGCAAAGCUAAGAACAGCGACUUUACAGUCAUCUAGUCAUUUAUUUCCUAAAGAGCAGAAAUGCUAUAGAACGGAAAGUAAUAAGGGACCAUUUCCCAUUGAAUAAGUGGCUGCAAGUUGCCCCGGACACUAGGCAUAGGGCCUGCUGGUCAGGCUUUCGCCGGGUUUGAUUACGAAGUCAAGCCGUGUAGGGGACGUCGUGUCCAGGAAGCACUACAGCCUGCCCUAGGGCCUGAAGAUCUGAAAUGGAGAGAAUGGAAGUUGACCAAUGCGCAGGCGCCACUUGUGGGAGCGGAGGAGGGGCUCUUCGGAGGUCGAAUAGUGCUCCUAUGAUCACCAGUGUCAGUGACGGUAUGACGGUUUUCAGCCCUACUUCUUCUGCCCGGUAUCGAAGGAGUAGCGUGUCAGUCAAUCCAAGUUGCCCUCCUCGUGUACUCUCUCUGUCAAAUCCCUUUUCAUCAGCAAAUGACAGAUCAGAACAAAAGCGACAGGCAGAGCACAUGGAGCUGACACUCAGAGGGAGUCUGCAGAGACUGAGUGCUUCCUCACUGGUUCCUGUACCCACGGCUAGCCACUGGCACGACCACAUAUCAGUGGUGAGUGUUCAAUAUGUCAUUCGACUAGAACUA